GCCCCCGCCGGGCUAGCCGCGGCUGAAGGGAGCCGGGCGCGCGCUGUCGCAGCCUGUCCUCCUCCCGGCCGGCGACGGAAGGACCAGUCCGGCAUCGACACCAGCCCGGCAUCGAGACCAGCCCCCCGUCCCGGCGGCUGCAGCCAGGGCUCCUCGGGGCGCAGGCGGGCGCAGGGCGGCUGAAGGUUACUGAGUGCAUGAGCACCUAGCCUCCCGCGCCGCCCCUCCCGCCCACCGGCUCGCCCGCCAGCCCCUCGCCACCCGGCGGCGGCCGCCUGUGUGGCCGCAGGAGGCGCCGUCUCGCUCCCAGGUGCGCGCUUCGUUCCUGGAGCCGCGGAGCUCGGCGGCCGCCAUGGCGUCCAACAUGGACCGGGAGAUGAUCCUGGCGGAUUUUCAGGCAUGUACCGGCAUUGAAAACAUCGAUGAAGCUAUUACAUUGCUUGAACAAAAUAACUGGGACUUGGUGGCAGCUAUCAAUGGUGUAAUACCCCAGGAAAAUGGCAUUCUACAAAGUGACUUUGGAGGUGAAACCAUGCCAGGACCCACAUUUGAUCCAGCAAGUCACCCUGCUCCAGCUCCAACCCCCUCCUCUUCAGCGUUUCGCCCUGUAAUGCCAUCCAGGCAGAUUGUAGAAAGGCAGCCUCGAAUGCUGGACUUCAGAGUUGAGUACAGAGACAGAAAUGUUGAUGUGGUACUUGAAGACAGCUGUACUGUUGGAGAGAUUAAACAGAUUCUAGAAAACGAACUUCAGAUACCUGUGCCUAAAAUGCUGUUAAAAGGCUGGAAGACUGGAGAUGUGGAAGACAGUACGGUCUUAAAAUCAUUACACUUGCCAAAAAACAACAGUCUUUAUGUCCUUACACCAGACUUGCCACCACCUUCGUCAUCUAGUCAUGCUGGUGCCCUGCAGGAAUCAUUAAAUCAAAACUUCAUGCUGAUCAUCACCCACCGAGAAGUCCAGCGGGAGUACAACCUGAACUUCUCAGGAAGCAGUACCGUUCAAGAGGUAAAGAGAAAUGUGUAUGACCUCACGAGUAUACCUGUUCGACAUCAGUUAUGGGAGGGCUGGCCAGCUUCUGCCACUGAUGACUCAAUUUGUCUUGCGGAAUCAGGGCUCUCUUAUCCCUGCCAUCGACUUACUGUGGGAAGAAGAACUUCACCUGUGCAGACCCGUGAGCAAUCAGAAGAGCAAAGCACGGAUGUUCAUAUGGUUAGUGAUAGUGAUGGAGAUGACUUUGAAGAUGCUUCAGAAUUUGGAGUGGAUGAUGGAGAAGUAUUUGGCAUGCCAUCCUCUGCCCUGAGAAAAUCUCCAAUGAUGCCAGAAAACGCAGAGAAUGGAGGAGAUGCCUUAUCACAGUUUACAGCAGAGUUUUCCUCAAGAUAUGGUGACUGCCACCCUGUAUUUUUUAUUGGCUCAUUAGAAGCUGCUUUCCAAGAGGCCUUCUAUGUGAAAGCCCGAGACAGAAAGCUUCUUGCUAUCUACCUCCACCAUGACGAAAGUGUACUAACCAACGUGUUCUGCUCACAAAUGCUCUGUGCUGAAUCCAUUGUUUCUUAUCUGAGUCAAAAUUUCAUAACCUGGGCUUGGGAUCUGACAAAGGACGCCAACAGAGCAAGAUUUCUGACGAUGUGCAAUAGACACUUUGGCAGUGUUAUUGCACAGACCAUUCGGACUCAAAAGACAGAUCAGUUUCCACUUUUCCUGAUUAUCAUGGGAAAGCGGUCAUCUAAUGAAGUAUUAAAUGUGAUACAAGGUAAUACAACUGUGGAUGAGUUAAUGAUGAGACUCAUGGCUGCAAUGGAGAUUUUCUCAGCUCAACAACAGGAAGACAUAAAGGAUGAGAUGAAACUUUACCUGAACCUUUCAUUUAAGGAUGAACGUGAAGCCAGAGAGAACGUGAAGAGAGAGCAAGAUGAGGCCUAUCGCCUUUCCCUGGAAGCUGAUAGGGCAAAGAGAGAAGCUCAUGAGAGAGAGAUGGCAGAACAGUUUCGUUUGGAGCAGAUUCGCAAAGAGCAAGAAGAAGAACGAGAGGCCAUCCGACUCUCCUUAGAACAAGCCCUGCCUCCAGAGCCAAAGGAAGAAAAUGUUGAGCCUGUUAGCAAGUUGAGAAUCCGAACCCCCAGUGGUGAGUUCCUGGAGCGGCGUUUCCUGGCCAGCAGUAAGCUCCAGAUUGUCUUUGAUUUCGUGGCUUCCAAAGGAUAUCCGUGGGACGAAUUCAAGUUACUGAGCACCUUUCCUAGGAGAGAUGUAACUCAGCUAGACCCCAAUAAGUCAUUAUUGGAGGUAAAGUUGUUCCCUCAAGAAACCCUUUUCCUUGAAGCGAAAGAGUAAACAUGACUCAGCGGUGGAACCGGCCACUUCUGACAAGACAAGUGGCACAUGUCAAGAGAUGGGCUCCUCGCCAACCCACCCACGCGCUCGUCUCAAUUCAAUGUCACACUUCUGCCUCUUGCAAGAUUGCUGGAAAAAAGUAAUAAACAUAGCUACUUAAAAUUUCCCA